AAUGCCUUCCAUGCAUUCAGUGAACCACUGAUCUGUCUAAUUAAAGCAUUCUUUAAUGUCCCUCUGGCAGCACAGCAAUUGGUUUUAGAGGCUGACCUCGAUCUCUCCAGCUCUACACCACCCCCAAAUGUACGGAUAACAACGAGCGAGUGAAUUCGGGUGAAUAGCAAGUGGAGAAUAUGGAACGACGACUCGGUUGAUUUCACCCUUUCUGCCUCUCUUCUCGUCUCCGACGUUGCAACAGCAGCUACAUCCGCCGUCCGUCUUUUGUCCUGCCUCUUCCUGGUCGACAGGGUUCUCAGCCUCUUUCCGAAAGCCUUUAUCAGCCUCGGUUUGGCUCUUCUCUCCUCCUGUCACCGUCAGCAGAGGCUGCGUCUCCUGCUGCCCACAUGCCUCGCCUGACCAACUAAGUCCUACCUGUCCAGACGGUAACUGUACCCCUCGUACGCAAAGCCCAACCGGUGGCGGCGACGGACGGCAGAGUGGCCGAGUUGGCGCAGUGGUUGGUGUAGCUAUGGCGGUAGCGAUGUGA